GCACCUUCCAGUUCUUCCCUCUGGGCAGAACGACUUUGCGAGUGCAAAGCAAGAAAUCUGUUUACUUUUGUCUAACUCGGAAGCGUGUGUAUUGAAUUUACUUGUUUAUGAAAUACCUGUUGGCAGUUUUCAACGUGGUUAUAGUGCUGUUUAUGCUGUCUUGUUUAAUUAGGGGAAAAAAAGAUGACCUUCAAUAUUUCUAAUAGUUUAGAUUUGGCGAGUGGUUCUAAAAAGAGACAGUUUGUGUUAGUAACAAGAGAUGCUUUCACCGAUAGUACUUUUGUUUUCGCUGAUAUUCUUUCUUGUUACUCAAAACAAAAUUAUUCUUUCAUUAUUGUUAAUUUAUCACAAUCAUAUAACCAUUAUAAUCACGUGCUUCUAAAAUCAGGAGUAAAUGUCAGAUCAUUGAAUGAUCAACAGAGAAUAAAAUUUGUAAGUGUACUGUCUGAUGCAGAAAAACUAGAUGAAAAUGAUAGUCAGCGUUUAUUAAGCCCACACCUUGACUGUAGUAAUGUUAAUUGUCUAAAGCAUCUCUAUUGUUCGAUUCAAGAAGCAACUGAGGUAAUUACUUCAACUCAUGAACAAAAUGGUUUCAUCAUAUUUGUGGAUGAUAUUAAUGUGCUUUUGAAUUUGGGUGUACCUGUUCACUGUAUUCAGUUGUUCGUUUUGUACCUUUAUUCUUUGUGUAUGAAUGAAACGAGCCAUCCCGGUGUGCUCUUUAUGGGUGCUGUUAAUGAUGACUGCCAGGAAAAAUGUGUGAAAUUCCUAAAUUAUAUAUCAUAUUUGGUAGACGUUAAAAUUCAAGUUGAAUGUCUGGAAACUGGAUGCAGCAAGGAAACAGAUGGAAAG